CCGCUAAGUCGAUUCGCUUCAUUCAGUGCGUGAUCCUUAGCCUCGCGUGCGCGUUCGCAUUUGUCCUCCGUGAAAGGGGACCACCUCGAUCUUUGCCUCGAUCGGCGUGACACCCUCUCUUCGAACCGUUAUCGAACCGUCCGCGAGCGUCGCGAGAACACACAGAGUCCGAUAACGCGAUCGAUCAGCGAUCGACCGAUCCAAGAUCGAACGGUCGACGAGAUUCUCGAGCUUCGCUUCGAAAUUACGUUUACAUAUACAUAUAUACAUAUAUACAUAUAUACAUAUAUACAUAUAUACAUAUAUACAUAGUCCCUGUAUCGAGUGAUAUACCCGAGUUUAACUCGUAAAUAAUCGCCGCGAUCGCUGGCAACGGCGGCCAGCGAAAAAAGAAAGUGAGCCUCAUUCCGCAGUCGUAAACAGAGAGCCCGGGCGGCGAGCAUGCCGAUCUCUCCGGACUGCUGAGAGGAGAUCGAAAGGAGGUCCGCGACAAGUCGCAGUCGCAGCAGAAGAAUGACGUCCGGACGUCUCGGCGGUGACCGAUGAAGCGGACGAAUUUCGCGGAGCGAGCUGAACGAGCAGAACGCGGAUCGACGCCGAGGUUGAAUUCGUUUCCAGAGGAACAUGACGUUCUAUCGGGCCUGCCUGGUGUUCGCGGUGCUAUGCACGACGCUGGCGAACGUACCGAGGAACGAGUCGAACAUCCUGAGGCUGGGGAAGUCGCGGGCCAGGUCGUCGGUCACGGAUGUCCCGGCGAAAUCGAACGGGACCGGGAUCGAGCGGGACGCGGUUAAGGACCGCGGCCGGCUGAUCGGCUUCGGCAAGAACAAUCCCGAGCUGGACUGGCGGAAUCAGCUGAGGAUGUUCGAUCGGAAAGAGGAGGCGGCGGUGGCCAGCAGGGAGAAUCUCGACGUUGAUUUCAUGAGGGAGAGGCCGCAGAGGACGGCCAACAGCAUCCAAUGGCUGGCCGACCUUUACGACCCGCUCAAGUGGGCCAGGGUGCCCGGGAAACCCGCGCCGGAGUGCAGGGGGGACAUGGAGCUCUUCGUCGAGUCCCUCAGGGCUGGGAAACUGUGGGCCGCCAAGAUGUCAGACGCGAGCGGACGUUACUCCUCGCAAUUCCAUUUCGGUAACGGGUUCUGGCUGGGCUCGAGCAGCCUGUGCCGGGAGCUGAACCACACCGAUGGAAAAGGGCGGCCGGUAAUCGACGCCAAGCCCCCCUUCCCGCCCUACCUAUUGAAAUUCCACGUGGCGAGGAUGUUGCUCGCCCUGCCGACCGAGCUCCAGUUUUUCCAACAGCAAGUGUUUUUGGGGCUGUGUUUGCCGGCCACGUGCGAUCGGACAUCCGUGACCUCGAUGCUGAGGGCGAGCGCCGAUAGGGUCGAAUGGGAGGGGAAUUCGACGUAUCGAUCGACCGGGCCGAAGAUUAUCAUCGCCGAUGUAAAACCGGUGCCUUCGAGCAACUACGAUGCCUGGCUGGAUCCCAAGCUGUACAUCCUGCUAGGAGUGGGAGGGGCGAUAGGGUUGCUGAUGCUGUGCGCGACGAUCUACGAUUGCCGGGCCACGUCGAGCUUCAAGGACGUGGAAUCGUCGAGCAUGUCGAACAACAACGAGAGGCUGAGCAAUUUCUCGAACAAAAACCUGAACCAGGAGCGCGGCGUGUCGACCACGGGCCAGGACAAUGGGGAGGAGCUGAUCGAGAAGGGCAAGGAUCUGCAAAAGGAUCUGGCCGAUCACGGCGGCAUCGACGAGAGGCGAGGUCUCUGGAUCAAAUGUUUGGCCGCCUUUAAUCCCAUCACGAACGGCAGCAAAAUCAUUAGCACCGAGCCCGCGGCUAGAGACAGCCUGACCUGCCUCCACGGGCUCCGGGUGUUCUCCCUCGGCUGGGUCGUCAUGGUGCACACCUACCUACAAGUCUUCGCCAUCGCCGAGAACAAGACGCUGCGCACCGUCACCGAGCGGAAUUUCAUGUUCCAAACGAUCAGCAACGCCACCUUCUCCGUGGACACCUUCUUCUUCAUCAGCGGCCUGCUGGUCACGAUCCUGUUCUAUCGGUCAUCGGGCAGCUUGAAGACGGACAAAGAGAGCUUCACGAGGACGUGCUUCACGAAAUUCGUCAUCAUGGUGCUCUACAGAUUUAUUAGGUUGACGCCGGCGUAUCUCUUUGUUCUUGGGAUCAACGAGAUCGCCAUAAAACAGGCCCAGGCCAGGACCGUCUUCUCGCCGGUGAUCCUCGAUCACUUGACCUGCGAAAAGUUCUGGUGGAGGAACGCGCUCUACCUAAACUCUCUGUACCCACGAACGGAAAUGUGUAUGCUGUGGAGCUGGUACAUGGCAAACGACACGCAAUUCUACGUUCUCGGGAUACUUCUGCUGCUGCUGUCCGUCAGAUUUUUAAAGGUCGUCGCCGGUCUCGUCCUGCUUCUGCUCGCCUCCUCGUGGCUCACCACGUUCCUCGUGGCCUACAGCAACGACUACGUCGCCAGGAUCCAGGAACCGUUCGCCCUCUUCGACGAGCUGUACGAUAAACCCUGGAUGAGGGCCGGGCCCUACUUCGUCGGCAUCAUCACAGGAUACAUUCUCUUCAAGACGAACUGCAAGCUGAAGCUGCCGCUGGCGGCGCGGGCCAUCGGCUGGCUGAUAUCGAGCGGCGUAAUGUUCUCGCUGGUUUACGGUCUUUACCCCGGAAAUUUAACGGUGACUGUGAGCUCCGUGUACGCCGCCUUGGGACACACCGCCUGGGCCGUCGCCGUAUCCUUCAUCGUGAUUCAAUGCUGCACCGGAUCCGCCAAAAUGAUCGACAGCCUGCUGUCCCUGCGGCUGAUGUAUCCGCUAUCGAGGCUGACUUACUGCGCGUACCUGGUGCACCCUGUCAUCAUGAUGAUCACCGUCACCCAGAUGGACGGGCCGCUGCAUCUACACAACGAUCUCGUGUUGAUCCUGUACUUCGGGAAUCUCGUCGCCUCGUACUUGAUGUCGUUCUGCAUCUCCAUCGGACUCGAGGCGCCCGUCGUCAACCUGCUCAAGAUCGCUUUCAUCUCGAAGAAGCGAGGGAGAUAGGUCCUCCGGGGCAAAGGGAUCGACGGAAAUAAUUCCGUCUCUCUGAGGGUCAAAGCCGCCGGUCUGUUUCACGGACGUUCUUCGCAGGAAAUGGAAACUCUCGUCGUUUCGCCGGUGAUAGCGAACGGUGUCGCGCACGGUGGCUGCACGUACGAAUUAGGGGAACAUCGUUCCGUGACUCCCCGGAACCGAGGAGAUCCUUAUCGUGUCAAUACGCUCUGUAGAUUGCAGCCCGGAGGACUCGCGGUACUCCCCCGAGGCGGAGAUUACGAGGAGAACUAUAAAAAUAUCCUUGUUCUUCUCCAGCUGGUUAAGCUCAUUUUGUAAAAAUAUUCGUGAAUAUAUCAACGGUGACGAUUUGAA